AUGCUAGACUAUCCAGCUUGGUUACCUGAAAUAAAUGAUAAGAAAUCGUAUUCGGCCAUUACGAAAGGAAAAUCGGCAAUCAUCAUCAAACCUAAAGAUGCAACGCAAAAUACACAAGCCACUAAAGCCGACAUGCUUCAUCACGUGAAUCCAGUCGCAGAAAAUCUUCAGCUCUCCGGUGUCAAGAACGUAAAGAAUGGGGGGAUCCUAAUUGGUUGCAAUUCCGAUGACGACAAUCUCAAGCUCAAGAAAAUUGCUGCGGAGAAGCUUUCUGACAAGUACGACAUCAAGGUGGUUGCUGGAUUCAGUUCUAGAGUACGGGUUGCGGGUAUGACUGAAAAACAAUCUGCGGAAAACUUUAUUAAUUCCAUUAAGUCUCAAAAUAAAGAUGUGCUAAGUGAGAAAUUUGCAUGUAAAGUUUUAGACAUUAAUCCAAUCAAUAUAGCCACUCACUGA